UGGUUGCCUUGACAGCCAUUGUGCGCAUGUAUUUGUGUGUCAUACUCUGCACGUGUACUCAUACAGUUACACAACCUGCACACUUAUAAAACCAGUCCCACGGGAGUAGUACUGCAUUUGUGUUUGUCAGUCCUCGGGGUGUUAUGUUAACUUCCUUCUCUAUUUUACUCUUGGUUUCAGACUCUGGGAGUGUUUUCAGCUGUAGCUGCUCACAAUGGGAGAUCACAGCACUGCCCGUUUAGCACUCAUAGUCCUUUCUGUUGUCAUGUACAUCAUUUGCAUCGUAUUCAACGCACUUGCUGGACCAGGAACAGGUCCUUUUCGGAACACCACUAGUUCUAUAUCAAAUAAGUACAAUACCGAAAUCACUCCCUCAGGAUGGACCUUCUCAAUCUGGGGUGUCAUCUACACCUGGCUGUCCCUCAUGCAUGCUUACAUCCUCUCCACUACCUGCAGGAGGACUGUUUAUGGUCCAAUGUACUGCAGUCCUGCUGUGUUGCCGUAUGGAUUCUUCAUCACCUGGAUUGCAAACAUGCUGCUGAAUAUAGGCUGGCUCCUUCUGUGGGACAGAGAGGUGAUGAUUGCUGGAUUUGUUUUCCUUGCCUUGAUUGCCUUCACAAACUACUUGCUGAUCAUCUUUACCUGUCAUGCCCUCAAACAAUAUGGAUCCUGGUUAAACAAAUAUCACAAAGUAGACCUCUGGUGCAUUCGGAUAUUGGUUCAGAAUGGCCUUGCAACAUACACAACGUGGACAACUAUUGCCACCUUGAUCAACUUCACUGUUGUGCUGAGAUAUGACGCUGGAAUGACCCAAUCAGAUGCAGCAACAGUCUCUCUCUCAAUUCUUUUGGGUGAAGCUAUUGCUUGGUUUAUUGUUGAGAACUUUGUGUUUGAAAAGCACCUGCGAUACAUUCUGACAGUCUACCCUGUUGUCAUUGUGGCUUUGAGCGGAAACAUGACAAAGAACUUUAACUCUGCGGAUCCAAGUCGCAAUGGCAUUUACAUAGCUGUUCUACUGGGGUUGGCUUGUACACUAUUUGCCAUCAAAGUGUUGCUGGUUAUAUGGAGGCAUAUUAAAUAUCCUCUCUACAGAAUCAUGGAUACAGACGAGGCCAUGUCACCGAUGGAAAUCGCUGAAAAGCAAAAAAAGAUCUUCAGUUAAUCUGAACUGUUCAUAUAAUUGAAUUGUAUAUUUGUGUAAUCAUCCUACAAUAUGCUUUUUUUUUUAUAAAUUAUAUAUAUAUUUUUUAAUUGUUCAAAUGUGUACAUUGUUUAUAUGUACUUUUGAUAAAUAAUAAAAAAUAAAAUACAAAGCGUGUGUAACUGA